AUGAAGAGGUCCUUCAACGUGUAUGCUUUUGUGGCCUUGACCGUUGUUUCUUACGAAGCAAUCCGUGGGGCGAUCGCCUUCAAGGUCACCUCCAAUGAGGCUGUGCCGUUGAGCACUCUGAGCUUCAGUGCAGCUGAGAUCGGGGCCGGAAAGAUUAUCGACGCAGUGGAUGAGUGCCUGAGUCGUCGGAUGAUGGCCGCCGACAUGGACGACUGGAAGCUGUUGCGGCUGAACAAGGUGAGGCGUGCAGAAAUCGUCUCGAAGCUUGUGCAGGCGAACAUCAGCUUGAGAGAAUUCGGCGAGCAAUGGUCCGACGACGAGGCAACCAUCGAGGCAACGAAGCUCGCUGGACGCCAGGCAGCCGAGGAGAUAGCCCACAAGGAGUUUGAGGAGCUGAUCCACACAACACUCUCGGGGUCCAACCUCAGCCCGUCUGCGGUGCAGGAAUUUGCGACCAAAAUGGAGGAGAUGGCUGAGAUGUGUGGGCAGGGCGAGGAGGGAGCAGGGUUGGCCAGCGACGAGCUCAAGGUUUUGAAGGGCAACGUGUCGGCCAUGGAGUCCACCAUCGCCCAUGAGCUUGCAGUUUACGCAGAAAACCUCUGUCAGGUGCAAGUGCUCGAUACUGAUUUCUUUGUCAUGCAUUUGGGGGGUGUCUCGGACUGCAGUGAGCUGAUUGGCCUGUCUCUGAUGGCGAAAGCGCAGAGGGCAGGACAACACCUAGACUACUACGCAAAGUCCGCCUUGGUGCUCCACAACCAGGAGAACGGCGUUGGCCAUCAUUUCGUCCAGCUCUUGAAGGGCCAUGGAAAUCGCGAAACGACGACCAAUGUGGCGACUUUCCAGGCCAUUUUGCAGAAUGCCAGCCAGGCAAGUGCAGAGCAUUUGCCCACCAUGGCCCGUCUUCGCUUGCUGGACUUGAAGCACUACGAGCACGUGCACGGCUACACCGUUGAGUCAUAUUGCCGUGGAAACCGCCUAGGAGUUGCUCCGUGGGUUCGGGAGAGCCCUGAGAUCCAAAACUACGUGGAUUGUCUGUGUGUGCGACAGCAGCCCUCCCUGCUGUGCGACGCCCAGCAUCUCCAGGAGCUCGAAAGCAUCCGGCCCAUAGUCAUGAAGCGUCUGCAGGAAGCCAAGUCUGCUGCUUCCCCUGCAGCGCUGAUGCAGAUCGCUGAGAGCGUGAAAAGGACCAUUGGGUUGGGGCCUUGUGGGGACUCGGCAUUGGGCAUCUCCUGCUCCCUUUGUGUCGAUUCUGUGUGCAUGGACGGGGGUGGCGGCUUUUCUGUGGACCACAUCGCAGCUCUUACGACGCUUCUGAAAGGGCCGAGCGGCUGCAUCACGGGGUCCUGCGGGAUUUGCGUGGGAGUGAAGCCUGGCGAUCCUUUGACGUUUAACCUGGACAUAGGCGUGUCCAGCAAGUGCAACAGCCGCGCUGCCAUGUUCACCAGCUUCAGCAUCUCGGCUACCCUUAGCCUUUGCAUUGGCGGUGUGCUUGGGCAAAUUGCCGAUGCCAUUGGAUGGGGUGCGUGCAUGGAGCUCGCCAAGGUGGCUUACCGUCCCUUCAUCAACAAGAUGACCGUCACCCUUUCACUGCCCAUCUUCCUCCCACCGCCACUCGGAGUCUCGGCCGGUAUUGAGGUGAACUUGAACCUCGGCGACCUGACCCCGGCCGUCUACAAGCACUGUGCCAAGCAAGGCCACAAGGAGUACAACUGCCUGCAAAGCAUGUUCGAUGCUAGGGGUCCGACCGGUAUCAGCCUUGGGGUGGAUGUGCUCAUCGGCGCGAAGAUCCCCGUUUUGGGCUCGGUGGGCAAGUGGGUGCGGAUCCUGGGCUUCGAAGUGGCGGAGACGGACAACUCCAGGGAGCUGGCUAUGAACAAGGCGGGCGUUACCGUUGAGUACAUCGGCAGCAACCCGGACGGAGGUGAGCUCUGCGGCAAGACUUUCUCGAAUGUGGACUGCAUCCAGAAAGCGGGUAACAAGGGUUACCGCGCCAAUGCCAAAGACCAGCACAACGACAAGUUCCGGGUCUACCGGAAUCCCAGCGACUCUAACCAUCCGCGAGCAUGGUGUGUGAGGCGAGUGGAUCAAUGGAAUGCGGCUUGGGGCAUGCAGCUCGAAAUUGCUUGCAAAGUGGACAACAGCCAAGGUGGUGGCGGAGGGAUCCUGAUCCCCAUGGGCUCUACUCACCACGAGAAGAAGUGCGUGAUGCCUUCGCAGCCGGUGCGCUGCCACUGGUGGUCCGGCAACCGUGGACAUCGCCUCGGUUUCGCUACAAACGAUGACGGCUUCAAGAUUUCUCAGAAGGGUGGGCGCGUUUGCGCACACCUGGAGCACCGGCGGCGCCGGCGCCGCCGACACCGACGGCGGCGCCGAAACUCCAACGGCUGGGACAUGAACUUGGUGCUGGAGUGCGACCCUAAAGGCACUGUUGUCGACUACGUGGUCCAAGACGUCAACUUUGGCACGUCCAAGACUAACUACCGUUGUGUUUUGCCGACACAUAAGAUGGAAUGCGAACAUGAUGCCGGCAAUGCUCUCAAGCGGGCAAACAAUCACCAGAGUGGCGACACCUUUAACAUAUGGAACUCUCACACAGAGCACCUGUGCGCGAGACGAACAGACCAACAAAAAGGGUGGGGAAUGGAUUUGAAAGUUCAAUGCAAGCAGCGCGAACAGUUGUGGGGGAAAACGACUGUGCGGAUUGGCACCAGCAGCGAGCAAGAGAAGUGUGUCGCAGAGCCAGUGAAGCAUCUGCGCUGUGAUGAUAUUUCAGGUAACCCACAGUAUCGGUCCAGUGGUACGGACAAGCCAGACAGUUUCUUUGUGGAGCAGAGACACGGGAAGGUUUGUGCCCGCCGCACGGAUCAUACCGACCGCCGCCGGGAAUUCCGUCGUCGGCGCAGGGACCGCCGCCGCAACGCAGGAUGGGGCGUGGACUUGCAAAUUGAGUGCAAGGUGUUGGUUGGACCCUGGGCGCGUGUGGACAUUGGCCGUUCCAGCACUCCGUCCGGCUACAAGUGCGUCUUGCCUUCCCACAAGCUUGAGUGUGAUGCAGAUGCGGGCGACGUUAACAAACGACUCAACCCUUCGAGACAUGGUGACACCUUCGUCAUUUGGACGUCCCACACAGAUCACAUAUGCGCAAGGCGAACGGACGUUAUUGGUGGGUGGGCUAUGCACUUACAGAUCCAGUGCAAGAAGAAAGUGGCGCAUGAGUGGAAGCCUGUGAGAGUGAGAAUUGGAUACAGCAACAAGAAGGAGAAGUGUAUCAAGGAGCCUAGCAACAAGAUCAUGUGUGAUUCCUUGGCUGCAAAUCCGGAGUACCGAUUCAACAACAUCAACCUUGGUCACACGUUCAAGAUUGAGCAUCGUGGCAACAAGAUUUGCGUCCGGCGCACCGACAAGAAACGCAGCUGGGCUCGUUCUACAUCUUUCAACCUCCGAAUCAAUUGCAAGGAGUUCCCCUACCCCGUGCGAGGGAGAUGA